AAACCUUUUCUGGUGGUUUUAAGUGACAUAUGUGAAAAUGUAAAACCAAUCACACAUCCUUAAUAACAGAUCAGCACGAGAGCAGCUGCAGUAUGGUUAACAUCAUCAGUACCUCUCAACACUGAGCACACUGUGCCCCAACAGAUGACACACAAGUCAAGGAAUGAAGAGUCAUUUUCUGCGCACACACACGCACACAGUCGCAUCACGCCAUCGGAAUCUCCGCCAGCUGCGCAGACUCAGCAGCCCCUCGCGUCGUCACAUCAGGGUUUUCCGUCGGACUGCACGGAUUUAGUCGACUUAUUUAUUUAACAAGUCGUUAUAUAAUACACACCGAGUCAAGGCAGACUCACACACACGCGCUGAUCGUCCUCGACCCACCGGAGCAGAGCAGCCGAUGCAGCCUAAAGCCACAUGACAACUCUCUCAUCUUCCUCCAUCCCUCUCCUCACAGCCUGUCGUCCUGAUAGACUUGAAGUGACAACGCUGACCUGGAUAACUGCUGAGCCUGUGUCCCACACUGAGGCAGGCCUCUCCAAGCAGACGGACUUACAGAUACUGCAGCGGACAGACAACUGUGUCAGCAGCCCAUCAGCAGCCCAUCAGCAGCCUGUGGCUCGAGGUGUAGCAGCAGCAUCCAACACUGCAUCCACACCAUCCUCCCUCGUCCUCGUCACUGCUAACAUGGCAGACCCCAGCCUCACGUCGCCCUCCAGGACCCCGCUGCGCUCCCCCAACAACUCCCUCACCCUCUCCUUCCCUUUCCUGAGGGAGGGGAGCCAGGUAUGGGAGGAAGGGAGGGAGCACCCGCUGCCUCGGGAUUUGCCCAGCCCGCUGAUAACCAAACGCAACCGCACCUACUCAGCUACGGUGCGUGCUCACUCAGGUCCAGUGUUUAAGGGUGUGUGUAAGAACUUCUCCAGGUCACAAGGUCACGGCUUCAUCCGACCCUCCCACGGCGGCGACGACAUCUUCGUUCACAUCUCAGACAUCGAGGGGGAGUAUGUCCCGGUCGAGGGCGACGAGGUCACGUACAAAGUGAGCCGGGUCCCGCCCAAGAACCUGAAGGUGCAGGCGGUGGAGGUGAAGCUCAUACACCUCAACCCAGGGACGAAACACGAGACCUGGUCGGGCCAGGUCAUCAGCACAUAGGCCUGAACUCCGGGGGCCUGGUGGGUCAUGCUGGGCAGGGCUGGGUGGGUGAUGGUGGACCUCUCGUGGGACUGAUAACUUUGUGCUCAAAUCCUUAGUUAAAGAAAAAAGUUUUACCUGCACAGCAAAGAGUCCAGAGUUAAUAAUAGCUCGUGUGUAGCUGGUGUCCACUCAAAGCUGUCUGCUACACUGACGAAUUUGCCGUGUAUGUAAAACUGAUCAUUUAUUCACUGUUAGGAAAAAGUUUUCUUUAUUUAUAUUUUUGCCAUGAUAGCAGGAAUAAAAGUCAGAUUUGAGAUGGGAGGGUAAAGUGACCAGCGUAGCAUCAAACUUUUAAAUCUGAAAGAGCUUGUUGGCUUCAUUUUCCACAGAGUUCAGCUGUAUGCAAAGUAUGAAACACUGGGAAAAUAAACUGCAGACAUAACUGUGGUGCAGAUCUGCAAACUGAGGCAUGACAGCUGAGGUAUGUGUAAGGAAGACAGCGAUGUGGGACAAAAGGCUGAAUUGAGUUUUACUUCCCUUCUUUGCAGCUGUUAUGCACUUGUUUACUUCACCGAAGUUUCCAGGAUCACAUGUUGGGUGCAAGUGUGGGUCAGUCAGAUGACUUGUUAUUACAGCCCACACUGUUUCUACAUCAAGUGCAGACUUUGGAGCGACGAGAGGAAACUUUGAAUUUGAGAUAAUGGACGUAAAAGCAAGUGGUUUAGAGAGUAGAAGCUGAAGAGAUUUAAAGGUGCAGUGUGUAGAUUUAGGGGGAUGUAUUGGCAGAAGUGGAUAUAAUAUAAUAAGUGUGUUUGCUUUAUCUGAAAAUAAGAUUUUUUUGCGUUUAUGUUGCCUCAGAAUGAGUCGUAAUAUCUACAUAGGAAGCGAGUCCUCCUCAUGGACGCAUAAAGAGAGCUGUAUACAGCGUUGGAGGUGGGACCCUGCUCAUAUGAAAGUUCUAAGUAGUGCAUAAAACCAAAAUAAUUUGAACUGCCUUGUAUAAAAUUACCUGGAUGAUCACCUCAGCUUCUGCAUCAUUGGGCCCACAGAUCAAGCACAGUAGGGUAAAGUUGGUGUUUGUUGGAGUAUUCUUGUCCUGCCAUGUUUCCCCUCCGAUACCGCUGUUCACGGUUAAACUAGAACGACAACUGGCCACAUGUCAUGCCGACAUUAAAGGAUGUCUUUUUUUUGUCAGUGUCUGGCGCCACAAGUCACUGCCCAAGCACCGGAUUUUGACGACUUCGGAGUGAGACCAGGUUGUAUAACCGGGCCUGCCGUCAGGUGGUGUCAAAGGGUACAGAUGGCCCCAGCCCAUGACCCGUCAUGAUUUAACACCUUGCAUUAAUUUCCUUAAUCAAUGUUUGAUUUUACUUUUUUUCUAAUCAUUCAUUGGAGGGCAUUGUUUUGGCCCAGGACACACAUGACUACCUCUGCUUUUCAAAAUAAGACAACAAGGUCUUAACAGUAGAUACAAGUACAAGUAGGUAAAAAAUACUGGUGGAAAUACGUUUAAUUGGAUUAUAUUUGCAGGAAGUAUAAAAAUGUGUAGGGAUCCCCCCCCUUCCCCAUUGGGUGUGAAUGGGGAAGGGGUAUUUCCUAACAGCUGGCCUGGUUGUACGCUCAAAAAAAUGUAUCCACUGAUUUACAGAUGUCUCUUUCACAACAUUAAUGUAUGGAAAGAAGUCUACCUGGGCCCAAUGGCAUCACGUGACGAACUCAGAAGUUGUAACUCCACAGUUUAGCCACUACGAAAAUUGGCUUCAGAGCUUGGCGCACCUCCUGGGGGGCCUGGUCUUUGUCCAUAAAGCCUGCCAUGUUGAAUCACCAUUUUUCUGCAGUAGCCAAGACCGGACAAACAUAUCACUGGCUCUAAAAAGGGCCAUUCCCAGUCAAACAGCGUAAAACAUAACCUGCUUGCUCAGUGUUUUUACCGAUUUAAAUCACAAGUCCAUUUGUUUCGGAGAGGCAGAGACCUCUGUGGAUAAUUCAGCUAAUGGUAAAAACCUCGUCUGGAUCUUAAGUUAGAGAGGAAAAAGGUGAGACCACAUUAGCAGGUGCUGGGCUAGCAGCCUCUCUGCAACCAGCCAAACAGCGUUAGGGUGCAGUUAGUGUUUUUACCAGUUUUAAUCACCUGGACCAUUUGUUUUAGAGAGGAGGACACCUUUGUGGAUAAUUUGGCUUUCAGUAAAAACCUCCUGAACAAUGAACACUGAAAGAAUUCAAACUGGGAGUUCAGGCAAGUUUCAGCUGGUUGUAAUCUUUAAUCCUCACCACUAGAUGCCACUAAAUUCUACACACUGCUCCUUUAAAGUAUUUUGUUGGCGAGUGAAAGACAGUUGAAAUGGCAGGUUGACAUCGUCAGGAUGUCUCAUAACCUCCUUUUUGGGUUUCAGGUCACCAGUUUAGAAGCAUGAACUUAAAGGGGAAGUUUUGUUAUGAGAGUAAGAGUGAGAGUAAGUUGGAAGUUUGUUUUGUCUUAAACAAAAAGAGCAUGAAGGAGGAUUAAAAGAGGCAGAUCACAUUAAACCAAGCAUGGAUAUUUCAAAAAUAUGAAAAAAAAAAAAAAUUACUGUGAAAGGCGACUGCAAGUAUUUUCCUGACAAAUGCAUUUUCUCGGUUGUAACGUCUUGUUUGUGGUUAUUUAUUUUAAUUAUUUAUUUGAUGAUUGAAUCAGAUUUGUGUGUCCUCAGAUUGCAAGAUCUAUAUUUUGAUGAAUACAGUCAAAAGUUGCACUUAUAAAAAUUUGAACUUCCACUAUGAAAACUGCCAGAAAAAAAAAAAAAAACUGCUCCAGACAUCACUGUCAGGUUUUUCUCAGCUUGAAAAUUCCUGUUUUGUCCGGAGCCACAAAUCACUGAUAAAGAAAUGUGUUUGUAAAUCUUUUUCUAUUAUGAGAAAAAACAUGUAUCUGUGUGUGAUUUAUUAAGUGUAGUCAGUGUGAAGGUGACCUCCAUGACUUCAUAGUUGGUGCCAAAAGAGAUCAUUGUCAUAUAAAUGUUUGUAGGUAUAUCAGGUUCUGUUCAUGUACUGUACUGUAUGUCAUUUUCUAUUAUAUAUCUGUUUCAUGGAUUCUCUAUGCAUCUUGUCUACCUGUCAGUGUCACUGCUUGAAUAUGUUCACCAUUAAAUUUGGUUUGUUUCUGUCACAUCAACGUGAACAAGCCACUGUGGUGGUGAUCCUCAUGAUUUCUUCUACCGAGCCUUGAAAGAACAUUAAAGCAUUUUAUGAUUCACACGUCG